CUCGUCUCCCUCGUUCACCUCCUUGGCCAUUUCCCCAAAAACGACCAACUUAUUCCCCAUAAUGUCUUUCUUUUCAGACACCGACGACUCCCCACCACCACAGCCACCCUCUGAUCGCGCCCCCACUGCGGCUGCUUCCUCUUUUACUGACCGCCUCCGCUCAACCAUCUCUCCAGCCUUGUCUCGUCCUCCUCUGGGACAACCAAUACCCUCAUCCAGUUCGUAUGGCGGCAGUGGAAGCGGAUUAGGAAGGGAGGAAAGGGCAGUUUCCGAAUUUGAUGAAGAGGCUUAUUAUAGGGAAUUAGGGAUUGGGGAUGAUGACGAACCCGAAGUCCCCGGUACGCCGACUUCUAAUGUAUUCGACUCGCUUUCUCCAUCCCGGAACUUCCAUGGUAUACCUCAUGAUGGCGCAGGCCAUGAAAGAGUGGAAGCUGAAUUUGGAAUGCAUCUUGGGGAGGGUAGCGCCACAAAUUGGGAAGAAGUCGACGAAGAAAUGGAGAUUGAGGACAUGGAUGACGUGCGAAAGAUGGGGUUGGUUUGGACCCGUGAGAGGGGCACAACAGACAUUAUGCCAUGGGAGGGAGAGCUGGUGGACGCGCUGCUGGACAAGCUUGAGCAGCAGCAAAAAAUGGUGUCCGCCCUUCGUUCAGAUCCGCAAACCUCAGAAGAAGAACAUUUCAAACUCAUGUUGGUGCAGACAGAAAUGGAACGAGUCAAGUAUCUGGUGAGAUCAUAUGUGAGAACGAGAUUGCACAAGAUUGAAAAGUUCUCGUACCAUAUCACUUUAUCACCGGAGCUGCACAACUUGCUGUCCGGCGCGGAACUGUCACAUGCUCAGAGAUACACGGAACUGCUUCAUACGCAUUUUCAGCACUCUGUUCUCGACAGUUUACCCGAAUCUUUCAGGAGACUGGACGAGACUUACGGCGACGGGACAUCAAUGGUGACAAAACCGAACAAGCAGAUUCCGGUACUCAUUUAUGUGCGGAAAGAUUGCGGAGAGAUCAACCUAGAGAGCGGUGAACAAGCCCUUUUGGCUAAAGGCACUACUCAUCUGGUGAAGUACAGUCUCAUAGAACGUUGGAUCAAUCUGGGAUGGCUUGAAGUCUUAUAAUGCCCCAUGCCAUAUAUAGAAUGCAUAUGUAUUACACAGCCUUUCUA